AUGGCUUGGGAACAUCUGAGCGUCGACAAGCCGCACUUGGUCUACAUCAUCCUCGGCGGCUUCACCAGUCUGUUCAUGUUAUGUUCGUCCCUCAUUAAAGAAAAACUAUACAUCGGCGAGGCCACCGUCGCCACCAUCUGCGGUAUCAUUUUCGGCCCACAUGCAGCCAACCUUAUCGACCCUAGUACGUGGGGAAACGAGGACCGUAUCACUUUGGAGUUCGCCCGUAUCGUUCUAGUCGUACAAUGUUUCGCCGUGGGUGUCGAACUGCCAAAGUUUUACAUGGAGCGUCAUUGGCGAUCUGUUACCCUUCUCCUGAUCCCUGUCAUGACAUUCGGAUGGCUUGUUACCAGUCUGUUUAUCUGGGCUCUCAUCCCACCGCUCAACUGGCUCGACAGUCUCUGCGUUGCUGCUUGUGUUACUGCUACUGAUCCUGUUCUUGCUUCUUCAGUCGUUGGUAAAGGCAAGUUCGCCCAGAGAGUCCCCAAGCAUUUGAGAGAUUUGCUAUCUGCUGAAUCUGGUUGCAACGACGGUAUGGCCUUCCCCUUCAUCUACCUGGCCAUCUACAUCAUUCGCUACCACCAUCAUCCCAAUGAAGUUGCUCUCAAUUGGUUCUGCGUUUCGAUUUUGUAUGAAUGUGUGUUCGGCGCUAUUUAUGGUGUCAUCAUUGGCUACAUUGCUCGCCACGCCGUCAGAUAUGCACACGAACACAAUCUGAUCGAUCGUGAAUCUUUUCUGGUAUUCUACUUCGUGCUGGCUCUGUUCUGUGCUGGUUCCGGAUCCAUCUUGGGAAUCGAUGAUCUGCUCGUUGGGUUUGCUUGUGGAGUUGGUUUCAGCAACGAUGGUUGGUUUACGGAAAAGACUGAGGAAUCUCACGUUUCGAACGUUAUUGACUUGCUCAUCAACUUGGCCUUCUUUGUCUACUUUGGCACCAUCAUCCCCUGGGCUCAAUACAACUCCGCGGUUAUUGGUCUGAGUGCUUGGAGAUUGGUUGUGAUUGCAAUCUUGGUGUUGCUGUUCCGUCGUAUACCAAUCAUGCUUGCGCUGAAGCCUAUCAUACCCGAUAUCAAGACUUGGAGAGAGGCUCUUUUCGCUGGACACUUUGGGCCCAUCGGUGUCGGUGCAAUUUUCGUCGCCAUUCUUGCUAGAGCGGAGCUUGAAACUGACUCUACAACGCCGCUUGGAGAAUUGCCAGCACCUGGAUUCGAACAUCUGAACAUCAUUGAACUCAUCUGGCCCAUCACAACCUUCCUGGUCAUUACCUCAAUUUUGGUUCAUGGAUCCUCAAUCGCUGUGUUCACCCUCGGAAAGCACAUCAACACUCUUACUUUGACAAUGUCCUACACUCAAGGUAACGACCCAUCGUGGAUGGACAGACUCCCUCGUAUUCAGUCACGUUCCAAGACUUCCAUGUCUCAAAACAGACCUGAUGACACGGACGAUACGCUCGCAGAGAAGGGCGAAUAUGGUGCCUUCCCUCCCAACUUCCUUCGUCGCCAACGUGAAGAUGAUACUCCUGCUCGCCCCUUGAGCAGACGUAGGUCAAGAAAGUCUCAGUAUGGCGCUGGCGGCCCCAUUAGUGAAUCAGCUAUCAGACCGCAACGCAGCGAAAGCGAGAAGCUUGAGGAGUCCACUUCUCGUAGUGAGUCUGACGCUUCGCCGAACCAUAAACACGGCAAGCCUCCAUUGGGUCCUGCCAAGUGUGAUGAUGAUGAGCCUGACGAGCCUGGUGAGCCUGAGGGUGAAGUCUACGAAGAGGGUGGCGAGACUGUCUAUGAGGAUGAAGAAGGCAAUGUCCUUGCUGUCAAGAAGACUCACCCAGGCGACACUGAUGAACAAAGAGAAGAACGCGAGAGAGCCGAACUUAAGAAAUUGAUGCACGAUCAGGAUAUCCAUCACGGUGUUGCCCGUAGAAAGGACAAUCACACCGAAGAUGAAGACGAGGAUGGAGCAGUAAUGCACGAAUUCAAGAAGAUGGGCGGCGAAGGAAUCCAAGCAAUGGAGCAUCCUCAAAAGGAAUGGCGCAAGAAGAUGGCUCAUCUCGGAGGCCUUCGUAAGAAGGAGGACCACGGUGACAAGCCAACAGCCAAGAAACCCGCACCAAAGCGAGGUCCUGCACGUGCUUACCAAUUUGGAAACACUAUCAUUGUGGAAGACGAAGACGGUGAGGUGUUGAAGAAGUACGAUAUUGAGGCUCCUCCGAAGAAAUCGAAGCCUGCAAAGGAAGGAGAAGCCGGCACAUCGGCUGAAGGCUCCAAGCCUGCAGGACCUACUAGACGAGGUCUCGCUCGCAUGGGAACCGCUCUGAGCAUCACAGGACGCAAGGGCGAUGAGAUGGAUGCUUCCAACGCCAGGGAAGAGAAGAGAAGAAAGAAGGCCGAGCAAGAGGCUGAGGAUGAUGAGCGCUUGCGUUUCACUGUUGGCGCUGGCGGUCAAAGGAUGAGCAAAGCCGAGUUUGUCAGACAAAUUUCCAGUCUCAAUCCCAGGCAGCGUGCUUCGCUGGUUGAGGAAAGCGAUCUACCCGAAGCCGUCAAGAAAGAGGCACGCGAAGGCGCCAAGAAGGGCAACGAGGAUGCAAUUCCUCAUCGCCUGCAUUCGAUGCCCGAGAAUAGACCCGUCAGAUUAUCGAGCAGAGAUGCUGAGACAAGCCUCAGAGGUGAAUCUCCUGCAGUCACUGGCCAACCUGACUUGGCGGAUAACGCCAAGGUCAAGAGAAUGCCGAGUCACGCAGACGCUCCCUCUGGACCCGAAGGCCUGACUCUGGUCGACUCCAACGAUGAAGUCGUACCUUUCCACGAUGUGACCGGUGAUCUUCGCAGAUCAAGCGGUGCUGGUGAAACACCAGCUGAGAAGCGCCGCAGAGAGGCACGCGAACGUGCAGAACAAUCACGCCGGGAAGCGAUCGAGGAGGACAGUGAGGACGAUGGCACUGCCAGAAUCCCUCCCACUCGCCCUCAACCUGAAGGCCGCUAUCCAUCUGACGUCGAGACCGAGACUGCCGCCGAACGCCGCCGUAGAGAAGGAGCUCUUGCAAGACACUCGGACAACGAUUCACAAGCCGAUUACUUCAACAGCCGUGCCCGCGACGUUCGUCUUGCAAGCGGCAGCGCACGCCCUGCCAAAUCUCGCCUCGACUCUGAUACUGAAGGUGAGACGGCCGCAGAGCGCAGACGCAGAGAAGGUGCUCUCGGAAUUACUCAAGAAGAAAGUGACAGCGAGGAUGAAGACAACGCACCUCGCCAACCACCAACCAACAUCAGAUUCGCCGAACCACAGAGACCUCAACAAGCCGCCACAUCUACCACUCACCGCACCAGUCGUUUGCGCUGGGGCAAGAACAGGAAAGAUUGA